AUGUCUAUAACCCUGCGGUCCAAGAGGUCACCUCAACCAUCCUCGACCGGUCCACCAGUCUACUCAGAUUCUGGUGACGACUUUGCGACCCCCCUGCGGUUGGAUUUCAACAAAGCCAAGUCGACCGACGUGGCAAUCUCGCCGCUCAAGCUCGACACACCUCGCCUGGUGAUAACCAAGGACGGCAGCCCCAGCCCCACCGAUUCUCCCGAACGUCCUAGUGCAACCUCAAGAUCCAGCGUCCUCAGACUCGAGUCAAUCAUGUCGCGGGCCGCAGAAGACACAGACCUUUCGCUCUCCAUUCCGCAAGGAGGGGAUGGUCGAUAUGACGGCAGAAGCGUCCAUCGCGACUCCAUCGUUCAACGUGUGGCUGAACGUCUAAACUCACCCAAUGGCGAUGGAAAGAAGAGUCGUUCCAAGCGAUCGCGCCGCGCUUCGACCUCGUCUGCCAUUUCUCAAGGCAACACUAUUGCUGCUGCCUUGGCAAAGAGUAGUGUGCAGGUCGUCGCCCCUGCUCCGGUUGAGGACAUUGUCGCUCGACCGCCGCUGGCCGGGCAGACGCGAGCUGUCUCGACUGGUCGUUCGCCGUAUCUCAUCCGCGCCCACGACAUGGACAGCGACGACGGGUACGGUUCCGAGGACGACAGUGAGGAAGCCAUCGAUGUGGAAGGCAUCGACCAUCUUCCUGUAACUGGGUUUGCGGUAGCAAUCGAUGAGGGAGACUACUUGAUUGAAGACUAUGGCUGCGCGCUUGCAAAGGACAUCCUUGUCCAUGGGCGUCUUUAUGUUUCCGAAAACCACAUUUGCUUUCACUCCAACCUCUUUGGAUGGGUCACCGACCUAGUGAUUCCAUUCUCGGACGUUCAAGAAAUCGAGAAGAAGAUGACAGCCCUUGUUAUCCCCAACGCGAUCGGCAUCGUCACUGGGAAGGAGAGGCAUACAUUCGCGUCACUGAUCUCGCGCGAUUCCACUUUCGACGUUCUAAUGAACAUUUGGCGUAUCGCACACCCAGGUGCAGUCAUGGCUCCUUCGGCUGCAGUCAACAACGCCUCGCGACCCCCGUCGAUUGUCGAUACCGCAACUCCACACGUCACCACCGUUCACCGCUCGACUGAAUGUGCUUGCGGUAAAGGGGGGAAACAUUACACUGAAACCGCUCUCGACACGACUUUCCCUAGUUCACCAGAGAAGGUCUUCAACCUCAUGUUCAACAGUGGCUGGUACCGAAUCUUCCUCUCAGACAGCCAGAAGUUGCGAGACAUCGAAGCUUCCGAUUGGCAUCCGGACAAGGAUGGCAAGCUCACUCGCUCCAUGUCGUACAUUAAGCCGCUGAAUGGAUCAAUUGGACCAAAGCAAACCAAAUGCCAUAUUGUGGAUGAGCACGACCACUGUGACUUUGAAGACUACAUCUCAAUGGUGACGACAACACGAACGCCAGACGUUCCCAGUGGUGGCGUGUUUAGCGUCAAGACCCGCACCUGCUUUACCUGGGCAGGGGCAUCCUCCACCAGGGUGAGGGUCACGACCGAAGUGGAGUGGACUGGCAAGUCAUGGGUCAAAGGCAUCAUCGAGAAAUCGGCAAUCGACGGGCAAAAGCAGUACCACGAGGACCUUGCGUCGGAAAUGCGUGCCCACAUGAAGGAGCACCCUACCGAGUUCGCAGUGGCCGGUGCUGAGAAUGCCGAGGCCGCCGAAGAGGAGGAAGCCGGCGGGCAAGGCGUUCCAUCGCCAACCGAGGCUCAAGAGUAUGCCGCUCAGAACCGUCGUUCACGUCAAGAAACCGACUAUUGGAUGCUUCAAGGUGCCUUUGACUCUGUCUUCUCUGGCCUUAAAUCGAUUGCCAAUGGCAUGGGUACUGCCGUCAACACGAUCAGUGAUCUUUUAACCGAUGCUCCAGUCAGCAAGACGGCGCUCAUGGCAACAUUCAUUGCCAUUCUCCUAGCUUCCAACAUUUACACCUAUCUCACAAGGCCCAUCUCUCAGCACAAAGUCAAGCGUCUGCAGCGAUUUGGACCAUCCGAGGAGGAAGUAACCGAAGCAGUUCGACUUAUCAUGGCCAAGCGCGUUGCUGCAACUCCAAAGGAGGAAGUGGCUGAACUGGUUCGACUGCUGGACGAAAUUGACUCGCGGUCCGCAAGCCUCCGCAGCUCGCUGCUUCAGUUGGAUCACCCCAACAGCGGCCGUGAUGGCCUUGACGACCUUGAUUAG